UUCGUCUCACAUUCGAGAAGAGCACAGAUCUUUUGUUGCUCCAUAAAAUCGCUUUAAAAAUCAGUUUUUUCUCGUUAAUUAAGUGCAAUAAUUGAAUUUUUCAACAACUCAAGCCACAAGUCGAGGAAAAAAAAUUAAAAUCCGCACAAAAAACCCCGCAAAAAUCGUAAAAUGUUGAAAGCCAUCACGUCACGUCUCACAAUCAGCUCGCUGAAAUCCGGGAAAAAUGUCUUGAGCAGGACCUCAAAUCAACUGACAACCGCGAGACAUCUCACCAUAGGACGCACAUUGUCGACAACUGCCCCAAAUCCGCAAGCAGAAGAAGUUCAAGUCACUUUCGUAAAACACAACGGCGAACGCAUCAAGACAAAAGGCAAGCUCGGUGACUCUCUGCUCGACGUCGUCGUCAACAACAACAUCGACCUCGAUGGAUUCGGAGCCUGCGAAGGAACACUUACCUGUUCAACAUGCCAUCUAAUCUUCUCCAAGGCGGAUUUCGAUCGUUUACCCGAAAAAGCGGGCGACGAAGAACUCGACAUGCUCGAUUUGGCGUACGAUUUAACGGAAACCUCGCGUCUCGGCUGCCAAAUUAUCCUCUCAAAGGACUUGGAUGGCUUGGAAGUACGAGUCCCAGCGACGAUAAAUGACGCCAGAAGCUGA